UUUCUCUUAAAUAUGAUUUUUUGCGAGUCAGUUAUUCUGGAUGUUUGAAAACUGAAUUAAGAAAAAUUCRCUCAGAAGUUGGCUGAAUGUUGCAAGCUUGCAAAAUGGAAGGAUUUCCCCUUAUUCCCCCUCCCUCUGAAGAUAUGGUACCCUAUGAGUCAGACCUCUACCGACAGCCCCAUGACUAUUACCAGUAUCUCAACAGUGAUGGAGAGAGUCAUGGUGAUCAUUACUGGGAUUAUCACCCACACCACAUGCACAGUGAGUUUGAGACCUUUGGAGACAACCAUUUCACAGAACUGCAGAGUGUGCAGCCUCCCCAGCUGCAGCAGCUCUACAGGCACAUGGAGAUUGAGCAAAUGCAYGUCUUGGAUUCUGCAAUCCCAACCACACACAUCGGACUCAACCAYCAGGUGUCCUACUUGCCCCGGAUGUGCCUACAGUACUCCUCUCCACCYCAGCCCAGUUCUGACGAGGAGGACAUAGAGAGGCAGAGCCCCCCGUUGGAGGUGUCAGAUGGGGAGAACGAUGGUGUGGACCCUGGGCCUGGAAUUAUGCAUGGAGAAACAGGCAGCAAGAAAAAGAUACGCCUGUAUCAGUUCCUUCUGGACCUUCUUCGCAGUGGGGACAUGAAGGACAGCAUUUGGUGGGUGGACAAGGAAAAAGGUACUUUCCAGUUCUCCUCCAAGCACAAAGAAGCACUGGCRCAUCGCUGGGGCAUCCAGAAAGGCAAUCGCAAGAAAAUGACCUACCAGAAGAUGGCACGGGCUUUGAGAAACUAUGGCAAGACAGGGGAGGUCAAGAAAGUUAAGAAGAAGCUGACCUACCAGUUUAGUGGAGAGGUGAUGGGAAGGGGGGCCGCUGAGAGGAAGCAUUAUCCUCACUGAGGCCAUGGGACCCUAAGCAAUCAAAAUAUUCAGAGCUCCUGGCUGGAUGCCAGCAGAGGAGAUGGACAUAUCUUUCUCUUUGCUUCCUGUGCCCCGUUCUCUGCCUUUAAACAGCCUUUAUCAUCAGAUGUUUCUGGUACGAAAUCCCUUCUUCAGCAUCUGAGAAUCCUAAUCAUGACAGAAUUCUUUGCUUCCAUCCUCCAAGUUGGACAGAGUUGGGAAAUUUAAACAGUGUACAAAUGUAUGGUCGUCAGGAAAGAUUUUUUUUUUUUUUUGAUUGUAUUGUAACUAAAGAAUACAGAAGUUUUGCCUCCAGAGGUGGUGCUGUGUCACUCCCRGUGACACUGCAUUAGCUUCCAGCUUUUAAACUAGCAUUAAUACAGGCUCUGCCGCAGCUCUCAGAGCUAGAGAGAAGUUUGCAGAUCUUGGAAUGAUACUCAUUCUUUUAAAUAGUAAUAACAUGUACAUAUUUAAUAAAAUUAGAUAUAAUUAAGUUUUGAUGUKUGCAUAAUAAAUGAUUACUCCACAAACAAAUGUCAAGCUUUCAGUUAUGCAGAUACAGCUCAGUUGUGGUGCCUGAACAAAAGGUGCCCUGGAUUAUCCUGCCUUAUCCAUCUGUCGCUACUUUUUAAUUUACCUGAAAAAAUCUUUGGUGCUGUCAAACCCAGUAAGAAAUGUAACAGUGAAAUACAUUACUGGGAAYGAGACAACAGUACUGAAGUAAAUUUUAAAAUGCAUAAAAUGCAUGUGUGUGUGUGUAUAUAUGUAUAUAUUUCUCACUAUUUUUUCCUGUGCCAAUGAAACCCUGCCAGCUGAACAUUUUCUGGUCAUGUAUACCAAGAAUUGCAUUUAUUGCAACCUCCAUCCUGUUUAGAACAAAACAAUCAACCAUAUUCUUCCGUGGUUUCAUUUAUUUUCCUGUUCCUGUUCUUUCUUCUUACUUUCCCCACAGUGACAAUUUCAUUCUAGCUUACUAGCCUUUCUUGGAAAUAAGUUGUAUUUAAUAAUGUCUUUGCAGAAUUCCAGUACAAAAGGGUUUCAAGAUUUUAACUGUGGAUUUUAAUCCCUACUGUAAAACAAUUAAUAGUAACUAAUAAAAACUACACUGUAUAGAUAACACUCAAAAUSCAAAAUAAAAAAUAAUUCAAUACCUAAGACACCAUGGUAAAUUUACCCAGUACAUCUAAACACUGAAAUUAAGUCCAAAGUCAACUAACAGUAAGAAAAUUAGCWUUUUAAGUUUCAGCAUUAUUUAACAUAUGUCAACGGGUUCAAUCAUUCAGAAACCAGGAAAUAUCACCAGGACAAAAUAGACGAGGUGAAAUGAGGCAGAUCCAGAAUGAAGAAAAGGGGAUUUUUUAUAAUACUGAAAUGCAGUACAACAUACCAAAUAUCACUAAAUAACCCAAAAUKUUUCAGAGCUUGCUCCUCAUUGGAAUCAGAAAUAGUUGAAAGUGAUGAGCUUCUUACAGACCUAAGCUCUCAAAAUUAAAUCUAAGCACAGUCAGUGUUAUCUACACCAACAAUCUUACUGUGGAAAAGUUUGGU